CCUGAUUUCUCAUUCAGCACUCCAGUUAUCCAUCAUGGCAAGCCACUACCGUUCUACCACAAAACAUGAUUCGAAUGAGCAGAUUACUGAAUCGAAGGUCCUCAAAGCCACGGAUCUUGACAUCGCAUGGGGAGGAGACGAACGUUAUUGGCGUUGGAUUCCCAGGGGCAAAAUAACUGGCGAAUCGAAUAGCACCGAGACAGUAGCGGAGUUACUGCAAGUGUCAUGGCUAGAGGUGAGCGCACGGGUCCCGGCAAAGAUGUUUCUACCGAGCACGAAAUACGAAGUCACGUUUCACAUAAUCUGGAAACCCGACGCCUUUGGUUGGAAGGAUGUGGAGGUGUAUGUAGUGGUCUGGUUUAAGAACAAAGAACCCGUGGACUAUGUGCAGGUGGAUUUGCAGAAGUCAAAAGAACAGACGGUUCCCCUAGAACUAGGAUCCGUAUCCUUCACAACGCCUGCUAACUUAGAGGAUGAUAUGAUAUUUGGAUUGUAUGAGGUGUGGAGCCAGCAAUGGAAGGGUGGCCUUGUCAUACUAGGAGCCAAAAUCACCAAGUCCCAAGAUUCUAAGUCCUCAUAAACCAUACAUCUUCACCAACAACACAACUCCUCCUUGGGUCCUACUCAUUUCUUUCUCUCUCUCUAGCAGUACAAUAUGGUCCCUCCAUGUAUCCUUACUGUUUAUAUGCAGUUUAUUGCAUGAAGAAGCCAAAUAAAGAGGAUACUAUGUUGUUGGUUGGACGUUCAACAAACUUUAAUGUGGAGGGAUGCUAGCAAUGUAAUGGUUGUAUUCUAUGAA